UUGCGAUAUAUGGUAAAUGCAUUUCUAACGAAUGUUCAUUCUCAUCUUGAUCAUUAGUCAUAGUUGAAAAUAAACCCGUUUUAUACAACAGUGAAGAUGUUUGUGAGUCAAUUUUAAUAUUAUAAAACGGUGUCCGGAAAUCAUAUUAUCGAACUGUUUCUGGCCUUUACCUAAUGUUCUAUGGCCAUCGAACCGAUCGUUUCACUUGCCACCUUUCAGAAAUAAGUUUCACUCACUAGUAUUUAAAUUACAAAGUACCUUUCGCCGAUCUAGGACAACAAAUACGAUAAAACUAGUCAGCACCUGAAUACAACGCAAAUUUAUUUAUAAGAUUAAAUGAUUUGGAUAAAUUAUCCAAUUUGAUAUCCAUACACAACGAAGAAAGGAGACAAAUGAGGACGCAGUGAGAACAGAAUUUUGUCCCUUUAAGUUAUGCACUGAUCGCCGAACGUGUACCUGCCCUUAAAUAAAAAUCUAAAGCUAUCACCUCCGAAGGCGACGAAUCCUUUAAAAGUGUCAGUCGCUAACGCUCAGUUUCAUCUGUUUUUUGUAGAAAUUUUAUCUCUAAAACUUGUUCUUAAGCACAAAAAAAGCCAGCUGUCCAUGUUGUCGGGGCAAACCGGGGUUAACCAACCAACAACAAACCAAGGUGCUAUGGUUUCAGCUGAAAUAACCGUGAUUAACCCCCGGUUUCGACAACAUGGGUAUAUAUUGAUAAAUCUGGCUUUACUUUAAAAACCAGUAGAAAUAUUUUCGAAAAAUGAUCUUUACAACUUUACAUUUAGAAGAAAGUUUCCGUAGCCCGGAAGACGGUGAAAACUUUCGGCAAACAGACACUAAACCUGAAUGAUUAUCCGAGAACUUCAAUUGGAAAAGUGCUCAUAAUUGACUUUCUUUUUCUCAAAAAAAAGUGCAAAAUAGUGUGCAUUUUUCAAAAUUCUAAGUGUACUGUGCACUUUUUCUCCAUUUGGUACACUUAUCAUUGGAAAUACUGGUUCAGAGAUGGGCGAUUCACUACUUUUUCGAGUCCGAGUCGGGAGCCUUCGAGUCCAGAUCCGAGUCGCAUGGAAAGUUGAUUCUAUUUACUUCGAGGGAUUUUCUAAAGGAAAACGUGCUCAUGAUUCAUUUUUCCAAGAACAGCUUGCCGCUCUACUUAGAAUAUUCUCCAAUCUGUUUUCUGAUAUAUAACAAAUAUAAUUUACACCUUCAUAGUAAUCUCAAGUUGCACAUGACUGACUGGAAAGGGAUUCGAGUCAGUUUAUCAAGUUUAUCGAGUCUUUCACUUCGAGUCGAGUUCGAGUCCGAGUCAUAGAAAAAUGCAACACGAGUCGCCCAUCUCUGCACUGAUUUCAUAUGUAUUUACCACUAACCAAAUAGUCAAGGGAGGAUGUGAUGCACAAUGAGUCUAAAGUUAUUCUUGUCUUGUAGAGAUAAAUUUGUUGUAUGAUAAAACUGUAUCGUGUCUAGUCUAGUCCAGUCCAAAAAUUUUCGUUCUAUGAUCAAAGAGAAAUUCUUGCUUAAUUUAAUGAAUAUUUUUUCCGUUUUUCUCUUUUUUCCUUCAUUUGUAAUUGGACAACGAAGAUUCUGAACUGUUCACUUCAUACUGAAGAAGAGAACAACUUUACGUAUUUAAAAAUGUAACAGUUGAAAAAAAUUGAAUCUUAAGAAUAUAUAGUAUUCUACUUUUAAAGGGAAAUCAGUCUGCACAUACUCACUCUUCUGUAUUAUUUCUCUAAAAAAAUUGCACUAAGAAUUCUUUUAAAAACACAACAUUAUCUCGAAAUUUUUUAUUUCUGUUUAAGAUUCGUCAGUUGAAAUCAACGUUAACUGAACUUGAAGAUAAGAAUCGAUCAUUAUUAAAAAAGUUAAAUAAUUUUCAUAUUUUGUUGAUUGAGUCUGUACCACUUCCAUUAAUGAAUCAAAUAGAAAUGUUAAAUUCGUUAAAGCAAAAUGAUAUUGAAUUUGAAAUGCGCACACCAACUGAUUUGUCAAAGAAUAUUCAAUCAAUGGCUUUAGCAUUACAAUCUCAAAAAUCUGAGAAUUUACCGGAAGUUCGUGAAAAAUUGAUAACUUAUACAAUCGGGUUAUUAAGAACAAAUACUGUUAGUACUAAACUUUUAUUAGAAGAAAUAUUGAAACAAGAUGAAAUGGUUAAUGAAGAAGUUAAGAAAUUUAUGAUUGCAUUUUGUGGAGAAAUAGUUUAUGCAUCGAAUUCAACAGAAUAUAUCGAGACAUUAAAGGACUGUAUAUGUGAAAAUUCACCAAAUCGAUCGUCGUUAUUCGAUAUUUUAUUGUUUUAA